AUGCCAACAGAAGCAAUUGAGGAGAUUGAGAGAAAGAGAGCCUAGUUGAAGGCUUUUGAAGAUGACGAGUUCAGGAAAGCUGGUGGUUUUGGGAGAUUUCAGAUCUCAGCUAACCUAAUCAUUAUAUUUGGUAUCCUAAGUGGGUCUCAAGUUCUGUAUAAUCUCUGGUAUUUUCAAAUGAGGCCACUUUAUGAAUGUCAGAAUGCAGGAGAAAGUAAAUUCUAUCAAUGCAAGAGGGAAGAAUUCUGUGGCAAUUAAAAUAUCAAUUGGAGAGUUGACUACACUAAAGAAGAGAGCUUGAAUAACUGGGUCCAGUAAUUGGACCUUCAUUGUAUAGGAGAUAAUGAACUAGGAUUUAUUGGAUCAUCAUUCUUUAUAGGCGCCUUCAUUGGCAGCAUCAUUAUUCCACGUCUUGCUGACAUUUAUGGACGUAAGAAGCCGUAUAUGUUUGGCCUGAUACUUUAUGCUUUAACCUCACUUAUCUAUCCCUUCAGCACUAGUCUUUACCUUAACUACUUCCUUAUCUUCUUAGGAGGUAUCUCUGAAGCAGGUAGAUACUACGUUGGUUUUGUAUACCUUUAGGAGUUGAUGCCAACUACACAUCAGACUUAUGUAGGAAUCAACAUUUUCAUGGCUCAUGGAUUCGCUAAACUUUGCUACGAUCUAUAUUUCUAUUAGAUAACUAAGAACUGGGUCUACCUUAAUUACUCCGCAAUAGUAAUGGCUUUUACCUGUAUCAUCUGUAUGUAAUUCAUGCCAGAGAGCCCUAGAUACCUCCUCAGUUCAAACUAAAAAGAAGAGGCUGAGAAAAGUUUUGAAACUAUUGCCAAGUUCAACAGAGUAAGCAGGCAAAGAAGAGUUGUUGACUUGCUUGGCUACAAUAUGCAUGAUUAGAAAUAGAGAUUAUUAGGAGACGAUGAGAAAGAUAAGGAUGUAUUGUUAUAACAAGAGAAGAAGAUAGGAGAUGUGAAAAAAGUCGAGAGCGUGAAAAAGCUCUUCCAAGAGACAUCUUAUUUAGUUAACUUGCUAAUCAUGAUAUUUUCAUGGUCUACAGCCUCAUUUGGCUUUUACCUUAUUCCUUACUUCCUUUCAAGCAUUAACACCUAACUACAGUCAAACUCCUACAAUGUGUUUGAACUUGCCAUUGCCUCAUCAAUAUCUGAGAUAUUUGCUAACAUAUUCUGCUACUUUAUUACUACUAUCUUCCCUAAUAAGAAAAGUCUAAUAUUUAGCUAUCUUUUGGCCUUCUUUGGAAGUGCAGGUUUCUGGAUUGCAAAAGAUACAGUCCUAAGAAGUUCAAAUAUUCUCUACUAUGUACUGUUCUCUAAAUUUGGAGUCACAGUGGCUUUUAAUGUAACUUAUGUGAUUAUGGGAGAACUGUUCCCAACUCUAUUGAAAGCUACUGCUUUUGGUAUUUGUAAUGUCAUUGCGAGAUUCAUCACGAUUCUAUCACCGAUAAUUGCACUGUUAGAAUAACCUUAUCCAAUGCUAAUAUUCUCAUUGAGCUGCUUGAUUGCAGGCCUCUUUGGAAUCCUUCUAAAACCACUCUAUCACUGA